GCAUCGACAUCAUUGUCACAUCCAGCCGAGAAAUUCCCACCAGUGGCAUGGUGUGGGAUUGAUACUUGGGGGGAGGGGACAGCGCCUUCCUGCAAAAAUCCCCCAUCAUGGCAUCGCCCUCUCAGAUCGCGGGCCCGAACGACAGGUCGGUGCCCAACUCGUCCGGCGGGGCUUUUCCACCGAGGGAACAGACCAGGCCGUCCGAUUCGAACAAUCCGUACACCGAAACGUUGCCGAAUCCCCCACCCGAGUUUUUGGGCUUUGAACCGGCGAACAGAACCGAGAACCUCGCAGCGACACUAGGAGUCGGCGGUGGCGACGGGGCGCACGAAGGCGCCACCGAGCUCGACACCUUUCCGUCCAUCGGCCGCGAUAAUGACGGCAGUAAGGAGCGUGUCUUUCACGAGGCUGUCUAUGUCGAGCCCCCUCCAACCCCAUGGUACAAGACCAUCUCCAAGGGGCGUUGGCUUGGGGUGGCGAUCUGCCUUGUCGGCAGCACCGCCGUUAUCCUUGCCAUUCUCGGAGCCUUGAACAGACUCUCAGGGCAAAGGUCCGUCAAACCUGCCUCUAAAGACCGCACACAUUCCAUCAGGCGAACCACUGACUUGAGCAGCCCCUACGACUCACCCGACACCGACAGCAACGCACCUUUCAACGACAUCUCCCCGACCGCAACCAGAGCCUCCACCAACCCGACAUCCUCAGUAAGCACCGCUCCUUAUCCACCUCCAGUUCACCGUCCUUUUCCUCCCAAUCAAACACCCCUCCGCGUCCCAUAACAUCCAACAACCAAACCUAAA